AUGCCCGUAGACUUGUCGCUAUACCUGGUGACGGACUCGACCCCGGCAAUCCUGAAGGGGCGAGACCUGUGCACGGUGGUCGAAGAAGCCCUAAAAGGAGGUGUCACGGUCGUGCAGUACCGGGACAAAAAGAGCGACACCGGAGAUUUGAUCACCACAGCCAAAAAGCUGCAUCAAGUCACCCAACACUAUGGUGUCCCACUCCUGAUUAAUGACCGGGUGGAUGUGGCCCUCGCUGUUGGAUGUGAGGGUGUCCAUUUGGGUCAGGAUGAUAUGAAUGCUAUUAUUGGAAUUAGUACCUCGUCUCUAGAAGAGGCUCGCAAAGCUGUUGCUGAUGGGGCUGAUUACAUUGGGAUCGGGACAAUGUUUGCCACUCCAACAAAAACGAACACCAAAUCUGUGAUUGGAACAGCAGGAACUCAGAGUAUUUUGGAUGCCAUUAGUGAUUCUUCUAUUGGUACGGUGGCUAUUGGUGGUAUCAACCACACCAAUGUUCAGCGAGUACUCUACCAGUCCAAGGCCCCGAAAAAGGGUCUGGACGGAGUGGCUAUUGUGAGCGCUAUUGUGGCCGCUGAUGACCCCAAGGCUUCGGCCGAGGAGCUUGCCAAGCUUAUCAAGUCAACUCCUCCAUUUGCAUUGGAUUCCAAAGCUCCCCGGACCAACGAGACCGAGGCUCUGUUGGCCGAGGUGCCGCAAAUCGUACGCAAAAUGGUCGAGGUACAUCCGCUAGUUCACAACAUGAUUAACUUUGUAGUGUCGAACUUUGUUGCGAAUGUUGCAUUGUCCAUUGGCGCAUCGCCUAUCAUGUCUCCUUACGGUGAUGAAGCCAAAGAUCUGUGCAAGUUCGACGGCGCUCUUCUCAUCAACAUGGGUACAUUGACUAGUGAAAGUGUCCCCAACUACGAAAAAGCCAUCAAGGCAUACAACACACGGGGCAACCCUGUGGUCUACGAUCCAGUGGGCGCUGCCGCAACAGAGAUUCGCCGAAAUGCAGUCUCUCGACUAAUGUCUGGUGGAUACUUUGACCUGAUCAAGGGUAAUGAGGGCGAGAUUCGUCAGGUCUGGGGUAGUAAUGCAGUGCAGCAGCGUGGUGUUGACAGUGGACCCAGCACCCUCGAUAGCCAGCAAAAGGCUACUCUUGCCCGAGACCUUGCCCGGAGAGAGAGAAAUAUUGUGCUGAUGACCGGAGCUGUUGAUUAUCUCAGCGAUGGGGAACGUGUCAUCGCCGUGGAAAAUGGUCAUCCAUACUUGGGACAGGUGACUGGAACUGGAUGUGCCGUCGGUAGCAUCUCCGGCUGUUUCUUGACAGCCCACCGUUCUGAUAAACUGCUUGCCGUGCUAUCUGGUAUUCUGAUGUACGAGAUCGCGGCUGAAAAUGCAGCGGCCAAGGAGUACGUCCGCGGUCCUGGCAGUUUUGUACCAUCCUUCCUAGACGAACUAUACGCCAUCCGCACGGCGGCAGCCAAGGGCGACGAUAGCUGGUUCGUUAGCCGGGCAAAGGUGUACGAGGUGAAGAUGCAGGUUUGA